AUGGAGUACUUCGACUUCGAAGAGGCUUCUUUCGCCUCCACCAAUGUCCAGGACGAUGUCGCAUCGGACUGCCAGGAAGUAGACGAAGCUGAUGCCGUCGACAACUUUGACUCGCUCUUCUUUGAAAAGACGUUUCAGUUGCGUCCAGAUUCGGGGCUGACAGCUGACGAAAGCGAUAACCUGCACGACCAGGGACUAACCGACGGACAGCCGGGGCCCCAAUCCCCUGUUUCCGACCAGAAACCGGGCGCAGAGUACCCCAUGUUCCAAGCCCCAGCGCCCUGUGAUUUCUGUCGCCAAAUGGGGUUUAAUUGCUUUCUCAUCAAAAGAGGCGCCUUAAAUAAUGGCUGUACCUGUUGUGUCUCUUUAUGGCGAGAGUGCAGCUUCAAACGCGCCAAAGCACCAGGCAAAUACUUGAACACCUUGCAUCCAGUGGGUGAAAACGACGUCACCUACAACGGCGCUUUGACAGGCAGGCGGGCCAUGAAAUCCGUGGGAUCCAAGUUUGAUAAUCUAGAAUCCCGUGGCCGCAAAAGUGGUGCGCGCUUCUCGCGUGAUGCUGUCAGAGUCUUGAAGAACUGGCUCUCGGAGCACCACCAACAUCCGUAUCCCACCGAGGCAGAGAAAGACGCAUUGAAAGACCACACUGGUCUCAAAAGAAGCCAAAUUGCCAACUGGCUGGCUAACGCUCGUCGUCGCGGCAAAGUUCAACCGUCCACACGUAGUAUUUCACCGAUUCCAGGUUCCGUUGAUAUUGGACAACGAAAUUCCUCGUCAUCUUCGCCGUCAUCGGCCUCGGCAACAUCCUCGUCUACACUUGAAUAUGCGCUCAUGACGCCUUUCGAGCGAUGGAAGCAAUCUCCACCUGAGCACGAAGCUGCAUCAACAAGUGCCAUUAUUCGAGCCAUGGCCAACACUACUUUUCCUCCACCAUCACCUUCCCAUUUGCAACAACAACAGAAUCUAUAUGGGGCCCCAACGGUUUCUGGACACGGCCGGUCUAUUUCCCGUAAGACGGGUUCGAGCAACGACUCUAGCUCCAUGUUCCAAGCGCCGUCUGUGAGUAGUUAUGAAACGGAGAACAAUUCAUCAGUUUCAGACUUCUCCUUCGCCUCUGCAUUUUCACACCGAUCUUCUCAACGGUCAUUCAACUCGGCGGAGCGAAAAGAGCGCCGUCACCGUCGCAAAAAUAUGCCACCAGUUCCAACCUUCGACCGGCAGCCGGCUCGAUGCGCCCGGAUUUUCCAGUGUACAUUCUGUACCGACUCCUUUCCAGCUAAAUAUGACUGGCAGCGGCAUGAAAAGUCUGUUCAUUUGGCAUUAGAAAAGUGGACCUGCGCUCCAUGGGGAGGGGUGAUCACUACAUCUGAUGGCAAAAAGGCUUGUGCCUUUUGUAGGGCUCCGGAUCCAACCGAAGACCAUCUAGAAACCCAUAACUUUGCUUCAUGUCAGGAAAAAACAUUGCAAGAACGCACUUUCUAUCGCAAAGAUCACUUGAAUCAACACUUGCGGUUGAUGCAUGAUGCUAAAUAUGAUUCGUCGAUGGAUCAAUGGCGGAGCACGACAACUGAAAUCAAAUCACGAUGUGGAUUAUGCGAUACGAAUUUUGUCACCUGGAAAGACCGUAUUGAUCACCUAGCCCAACAUUUCAAGAACGGAGCCGACAUGUCGCAGUGGAAAGGUGACUGGGGAUUUGAGCCUUAUGUUCAGCGUCUUGUAGAGAACAGCAUACCUCCUUAUCUUAUUGCUAAUGAGCGUUCGACUUUGAACAGAAAUAAAGCCCCUGCACCACAACAUCCGAAGACUGUUGCCAAUAUUUCCGCAGGUUCAUCUUCAGUGUCUCCGUCAGCUCCCGCUGAUGAAACAUCCUUUGUGCGGCUGGAAUGCGAGCUGAAGGCAUUCAUUGGGCGCCAAUUGCAUGAUGGAGUUGUGCCCAGUGAUACAGCGAUUCAAGAUCACGGCCGAAUCAUCAUUUAUGGCUCGAACGAUCGAUCAAAACGAACAUGCGCUGACAAUGCGGUGUGGCUCAGCGUGUUGAAGCGAGAUAGUGGUAUCGAAGAUCUUCCUGGUUUGGAGAAUAUUACAUUGCAAGAUUUAGGGAUGAAGCCUCCUUUCGUCGGUCAGAUGCAACAGCCCCCUCUAGAAACAAACAACUUUCUUGCUGGAACUGUGCGUCACUCUUGGUUUGGCCAUUCCAGUCUUGGGAGCGCUGCAGUUUCGGUAUCUGAGAUGCAAAGCCCAGUUCUACCUCUCAGCAGUGGAUUUCACUCAGCUGCUCCAAGCAUACCUGGAAGUCUUGCUGGCAGCUUUUCCGGCAGCAUUGGGGUAUCCUCCGCUAGGCCGCUGUCUGGCGUACCCGCCCUGUCAAGCGCUUGGAGUAGUAGCUUUUCUGUAGGCGAUCAAUCAUCGUCGGAUUGGGUUGGAAGCACUGGGAUACUGGACCCUUUCACGCAGUCCAAUUUUGAUCUUGAGCUCCUAGAGCAAUUGAACGCAGCGGCUUCCCAAGGCGAAGGUGUUGAUGCGCAUGAUUUCAGCCUUGGAGGACUGGAAUCACAGGCUCACACAAUGCCAAACCAUGUCCUACCCUCGGUAGCUGAUACUGCUGCCAAGAACAACCAGUCAUUGCAUGGUGUAGCAGAAUUUUCGGUUACCUCUGAGACACAGCCGAUAAGUAUUCCCACUGCCGCCGCUCCCCUCGACGAUCCGGCUCUGCAUCAAUACUUCGACCCAUUAUAUGCGUCGCAAACUAGAUUUCAAUGA